AUGUAUCCAUUGUAUUAUUUGGUAUUGCUUAUUUUGCCGUUGUACAUCACACAAGUAACGGUAUCAAAUGAAGGCGAUGAGGCAAUACAAGCAGCAGUGAGAAAUGACGACGAAAUAAGGACUGUGGCUGAUGACGGGAAAGCAAACGAAAAACGGUACAAAUGUAAAGUGUGCGGUAAGCAAUUCGGAUAUUCAAGCACUCUGAAACGCCAUAAAAUGAUACAUACCGAUGAAAAAAAUUACAUAUGUAAGGUGUGCAAUAGACCGUUCAAAUGGUUCUGCCAUCUGGAGAAACAUAAAUUGACACACAGAAAGGAACGUCCAUUCAAAUGUCACGUGUGCAAUAAAACAUUCAAAGAUUUCCGCGCUCUGAAGACACAUCAUUUGACGCACGGAAGCGAACGACCAUUCAAAUGUGCUGUGUGCGAUAAAGCUUUCAAACAGCACCGCUAUCUGAAAGAACAUAUGAAGAUACAUAUGGACCGAAACACGUCGGAAUGUAAUGUAUGUAAAAAAGAAUUCAAACAGCGCCGCAGUCUGAAAGAACAUAUGAAGUUACAUACGGGCAUUGAAAAGAUAUUGAAAUGCAAUGUAUGCGGUAAUGUAUUACAAUGCUGUUCAAUUCCGUUGAGACACAAAUUGGUGCACGGAAACGUACGACCACUCAAAUGUCACGUGUGCAAUAAAACAUUCGAAGUAUCCCAGAAUCUGAAGAUGCACAUAUUGACGCAUGGAAACGUGCGGCCAUUCGAAUGUAAAGUAUGUAGUAGGAAUUUCACUCAAAAAGACAUCAUACAACCAUUAUUCGCAUUUCCGAGGAGUGUUAAACCACAAUUAAUGUUCCAGAUAGGUUCCAAGCCUGCAUUACAACUACGCAAACUUUCCGUUAUUCGACAACAACCAUUUCAGAGCGAUUUCAUUGGUGUAUAA